AUGGGGAAGUGUCUGUCCAUACAACCCUCAUCUGGAACAAAUACAAUUGAUAAAAAUGGAAAUCAACUAGUAUCCAGAGAAAAUGGAAAUCAACUAGUAUCCAGAGAAAAUGGAAAUCAACUAGCAUCCAGAGAAAAUGGAAAUCAACUAGCAUCCAGAGAAAAUGGAAAUCAACUAGUAUCCAGAGAAAAUCAAUCGGAAUCCAGAGAAUAUCGACUAGUAUCAGAAAAAGAACGAUUCAUGUCAGAAGAACUUCAACCAUCCCAUACAUUCAAACUAUUGAACGACUCGGGAUUAGAAGGAGGGAUUGCUUUUAUUUAUGAUUGGAGGAAAACUAACGCAACACUUUCGAAUAAUGAGAUAAUCACACAGGCCGCUAAUGGAAUAUUAGUGGAAGGUGGUCAAUUAGAUAAACAUCAAGAAGCAGAGCACAUUGCCAAAGGUUUACUGGAUAUGAAAGACAAGAGCGAGAGCGAAAUUCUUAAAUGUUGUAUUUAUCUUUAUACAUUGGAAUCUUUUUUAUAUAAAUUAGUGAAUACCGUACUGAGAGAAAACGACAAAACCAAAAUGGAUACAGUAGCACCUUUUUGUUAUUUUUUAACGGAAGCCAUUUGGAGUGACACACUAGCUCAUGAACGAUUCUAUGGAAUAGUCUAUCGUAGUGUGCCAAUGUCCUCAGAUGCGAUUCACUACUAUAAAGAAGCAAUAGGUGCACACAAAUGUUGGUACGGGUUUACUUCUACAAGUAAAAAUCGCAAAAUAGCAGAACAGUUCGGAAAUAUUUUGUUUAUUAUCGAUGUGACUUCUACUGGUGGAUUGAAUAUAUCAUCAUAUUCAGGAUAUCCAAAUGAAGAUGAAGUAAUAUUGCCUCCUGGUACCAUAUUCCGAAUCGAUAAAGUUGUACAGAAUGAUGCUAAAACAUACGUUUACCUAUAUGGAAUACCUGAAUUUCGAGUGGUCCUACUUGGGAGAACAGGAUCAGGCAAAAGUUCAUUUGGAAACACAAUAUUGGGAAGAAAACAGUUCAAAGCACUUAAAACUGCGAAAUCUGUUACUAAAAAGUGUGGGCCCAGUGAUAGAAUUUUCGAUGAUGUAAGAUUGUUGGUUGUUGAUACACCAGGAUUUUUUGAUACAGAGCUUAGUCCUGCAGAACUACUACCCGAAAUCUAUGGCUCCUAUCAAGUGGCAGCACCAGGUCCACAUGCUUUUCUUGUUGUCUUCACCCUCGACCGUUUUACAUUACAAGAACAUAUAGUUGCAAAAUGGAUAUGUGAAGUAUUCGAUGAGCGAGCUCUUGAGUACUGUAUUAUUAUUUUCACUGGUUUAGAUGGUCUUGUAAGGAAUAAUCAAACCGUUGAAGAAUUUCUCGAAGAUAUACCAGAAUUCUUAAAAACCCUUAUACAAAAAUGUAAUGGUAGAUAUAUUGCUGUCGAUAAUACAGGAAGUGACGAUAAAAAAGAAGAAACUGCCAAGAUUUUAUUGGAGAAGAUAUCAGCGAUGGUAAAAAAGAAUGGUGGACAAUUUUAUAACAACAAAAGUUUUAUUGAAAUCUCUACUAUUUUGAAGAAGUAUCCAGAUUGGUUUGACCUAGUGAAAUCAGAUGGCAGUGUAAAUCUAGUGGAUGAAACUGUGAAAAUUGUUGGUCCUAUACUUGCCGCUAAAGCGAUAUUUAACAAUCAAUAA